AUGAGUAAUGACAAUACAGUUAUAACACAUUUACUUUCACUACCCAAUGAACUCUUUCCAUACUUAUUAAAUUAUCUUAGUUCAGCAGAAAUUCUUAAAGCAUUUCUCGAAUUGAGUGAAAAAAAUGCUCGACUUGCAUCACUCAUUAUGCCGUAUUUAUGUCAUAUUAACUUAUCUCAUGAAUCAAAUUUUUGGCUAAGUACUCAUUUAUCUAAAUUUAAUGAAGUUAUCCAUUCUGUAUGUGCUACUACUCGACAUUUAGCAUAUUUACGCGAUUUACCAUCAUUACAAACAUUAACAAUUGUUGAAAUCAAUGAAACAGAUACAUUGGCAAAUGAACUUCGAUCUUUAAGUACUCGAUUACCACAAUUAUAUUCGAUCAAACUUAAUUUUUCAUUACAAUAUGAUAUCUAUGAUUUGGAUUGUAAUUUUGAUAUUCCAUUGAAAGAUUUUGAUCUCUCAUUGAGAUGUUCGUUUAUUCCAACAGGAUCAUUGAUUUCAUCACUACGUCAUUUAACAAUACGUGUAAAUACUAUACAAGAUUUAUUUCGACUUGGUCAACAAUUACCAAUGAUUGAGUCAUUGUUUGUCAAUGUAAAUGGACGACCGACUGGAUUUUAUAGUUCCUUAACAGACUUCAAUUCAUUUAUAGUCUGUUCACCUUAUCUGAAACGACUGGCUCUGUAUUCUCGAGCGAUAACUCCGAUCAAAUAUUGGGGAACGUAUCAAGUUGAAUUCGAAUAUUUUGAAUUAUUUAUUCGUGGUUGUUCUUCAUCACUUGAAUAUUUGACACUCGAUUUAGUUUUACAAAAUCAAUCCGAAACAUCACUCGUCGAUGGGAAUCGACUGGAACACGGCAUCAUAACAUAUUUGCCACAUUUGAAACGAUUCGAAUUUUUUAUCGAAUUCGCACUUGAUGUUAGACUUAUUUCAAAGUAUCAAAAUUCAUUUGCUAAUGAACUAUGGCAACAACGAUGUAUUGUAAUUAAUUAUCCAGUUACAGGUAUGCGAAUAACUAGACAUAUUUUCUUCAAUCAAAUAAAUCGAAUUGAGAUCUGA